AUGGCGUCAGAGAGGAAGCUCAGUAACCCUAUGAGGGAAAUUAAGGUUCAGAAGUUGGUCCUCAAUAUCUCCGUCGGCGAGAGUGGCGAUCGUCUCACCAGAGCCGCCAAGGUGCUGGAACAGCUAAGUGGACAAACCCCUGUUUACUCCAAAGCAAGGUACACUGUUAGGUCCUUCGGUAUCAGGCGUAAUGAGAAGAUUGCCUGCUAUGUCACUGUGAGAGGGGACAAGGCGAUGCAACUAUUGGAGAGUGGACUGAAAGUCAAGGAAUAUGAAUUGCUGCGAAGAAACUUCAGUGAUACUGGCUGCUUUGGGUUUGGUAUUCAGGAGCACAUUGAUCUUGGUAUCAAGUAUGAUCCCUCCACUGGUAUCUAUGGUAUGGACUUCUAUGUUGUCCUAGAGCGAGCGGGCUACCGUGUUGCCAGGCGCCGUAGAUGCAAGACACGUGUUGGUAUCCAGCACCGAGUCACAAAGGAUGAUGCAAUGAAAUGGUUCCAGGUCAAAUACGAGGGUGUCAUCCUUAACAAGGCUCAGAAUAUUACUGGUUGA